AUGGGACUGUCGCUGAUUUGCAGUAAAGAUGAUGAAGCGCAGAAUAAAAAUACGCAGUUCAUGGACGAGUGCGUCGACGUGUUACGCUCGUAUGGUCGUGUCGGGAUGCUCAUGCUGGAAAGCGCAUCGAUCGACUGCGAAAAAUGCGAGGAAUACUUGUCCUUGGCGGAGGAAUCGUUCUCCUCCUCGAUGCAGCUAUGGUCUCGCAUCGGACUUUCACAUCUGACCAAGUUCAAACAAGGCUUGGAGCUGGAAGAAAUUUUGGAUGAUUUAUGGGACUUUUGGAUGGACCGUGUGCGAACGCUCCAGUUGCUUACACAACGGCCAGACUAUUCACCGGGCGAUUCUCGAGAUAUGGUGUCGUCACUCCAUGAAUUAAAGAUGCUAGCUCCGUACAAACCCUCGUAUGCAAGCAGCUUGCUUGAUCUUAUGACGAGUGUGAGCGACGAAUACAGACGUGCAACCCUCCACGAUCUACAAGUGUCUUUUGCCGAAGAAGCACUGCGCAUCGACAACAGCGAUAGCAAAGUAUUGCUACUCAUGAACAAGCUCUACGUCGACAACAAACAGUUUGAGAAAGCACAUAGACUGCUUCAACUGUUGUUUGAACAGGACAGCUUUGAUGACUCCCUGGCUGGAGCUCGCACCUUUGCCGAAGGAUUCUCCUUUUCCGACAAAGGCUUGGAUAUUUAUCGAGAGCUUGCCAGCAACUAUGGGGAUGCCGACUUCGCUAUCAACGUGGAUAUCGCAUGCAAUCUUGCUUUUGUCGAGGGUAAACGCCAUGAAUCUAUCGAGGAGCUGAAGCGCAUUGGGAGUUCGUUGCUGGAAGCAGAGAGCAGCGGUCAACUAGUCGACAGCAAACACAUCCAGAGAAUCCGACAAACCAUUUUUGAUGCUCUUCAGGAGGCACUGAAUUCAAACCAACACGAGGACUGCUUGAAGUGGGCAGAUGCAGCGUUGACUACGGUUUCAUCAGCACGAGAUCGAGCAAUGUACAUGAGGGUCAUGUCUCGCUCGUGCGUCCAGCUGGGCCGUAAUGCUGAAGCUUUAGAUUGGGCUGAAAAGGCUCUUGCCAUAGAGCCUUCGAAGCAAUCACAACUUGCUGUGUUUCAAGUGGCAAUUGAAGCAAUUACGGAAGUAUCAGAAGAAAAACUAACGCACAUCUUGGAGCAGCUGAAAGCCAGAGAUGACUUCGAGAUCGAUGACUUGCUAGCCAUGGGAAAGCUAGCGAACAAUCUUGGCUCAUCCAGACAAGAUAUUGUGAUGCUCAUUUUAGACGAGUUGUGUCAUACUGUCAUGGAGACUGACGACAGCUUUACGGCAAAAAUGCCUGUUGGGGUACUUCUACAAAAUGCGGCUCAACUCGCAUUCACUAAGUUCACGCAGCAACAGCAAGUCGGGUCGAGUGAUAAUGCCGAAGGUUCCUACGGCGAGAAGUUCCUGACCUACGCCAACGUGCUACUGUUAAAGUCAAGAUCUGACACAGUCGAUUACGAUGAAAGCUUUGUCGGACCUCCUUCAAUUUUCGAGUGGUUCUUUCGAAUGAGCUUUGACAUCGCCAAAAGCACUGAAGACUCAAGAUAUUUUAUGAUGGCAGCCAACAUCGCAGAACGGAGCGACAAAUUGUACGGAGAAACAUCGCCGCUCACGCAGCAAAGUCAGAGGCUCCAAUUACUGAUCCAAGAGGGAUCACCCGACUCAAGCAAGCUGUGCUAUUUACUACGACGGCUUAUCACACUCGCGGAAUCGAAGACGAAAGCCCAGGAGUGGUUCGAGCACGUACUUCAGCUCAUUGAUAAUUUGGACGUGGCGUUCCCGGAGCUCGAAAUGGAGUGCGCGGUAAAGACACCACUGAAGCUCUCCAGUUUAUGA